GGGGGGACAAACAAAUUACAACAGCGAAGCGAUAGCGACAGCGACGACGACAGUCCAUAUUUUUUAAUUUCCUAAUCAUUUUUAAAGUACAACCAGGUACCAUCGCUGACGCAUCGUACUCGCACCUUUUUGCAUUCCAAUAGAAAAGCAUUAAAUUAAAAAAAACAAUGGCUCUCAGCAGUGACGCAAUAUUCGAAAAAAUAAUCGAUGGAAUUAAAGAUAAUGAAGCCAAAGCCAAAGCGGUAAAUGGUGUUUUUCUAUUUAAGAUCACAAAAGAUGGAAAAGUUACAAAAGAGUGGACUUUGGAUCUGAAGUCUGCGAAGGUGUACGAGGGACCAGCAAAAGACACUAAAGUAGAUACAACUCUGACAGUCUCUGAUGAGGAUUUAGUUGAUAUCGCUUUGGGAAAACUUAAUUCACAAGCUGCAUUCUUGAAGGGCAAACUAAAAGUAGCAGGCAACAUUAUGCUAACCCAAAAGCUAGUUCCUCUUCUUAAGGCAGGCCCUAAGUUGUAAAUUUAUAAUGGCAUUCGUGUCAGUCACAAAUUAGUUGUUAAGUGGAAAGUGGUUUUAUUUUCUAUUUUGUUAAUAUUUAGUAAAAAGAGAAAUAUAAAUUAGAAAACUGGUUAAAAUAUUA